ACAUAAAGGAGAUGAGUGUGUUCUAUAUGACAUCAUCAAAGGCUCAUCAGUCAGUAGUAGUGACCACAGCUCACUGUUAACACACGUGUGACACAGCUCUCGUGAGAAUCAUCGCGUUUUUGACUUUCUCUCUCAAACACAAGAAUAUUUAACACAAAGACCCAGAAAUGCCUGGAAACAACGUCUCUAGUGAAACAAAACUGUCUUGGAAUGAGACGUGCCUUGAAGAUCCAGAAGUGGAUUACAAUCUGAAAAUACAUUUUGAUUCUGACGGAGACGACCAAGAAAGCUCCGAACAUGAUUUGAACCCACUAGAAAAAACUCCUGGAUCUGGAAAAGUCCAGCAGGAAUCAGCUGCUUGUGAAAAACAUGAAAACAUGGAACAACUUUUAAGGCAGGUGAGUGAACUCAAAAACCAUCUGAAAUGUGCAGAAGAGUCUCUGAGAACCGAGAAGAAAAACAGAAUUAAGGCUGAGUCUGACUGUGCUUUUUACAAGAGAGAAAUUAAUGAACUGGAACAAGGACUGGAUUAUUACCAGAGCAAAAGAGAGACCCAUGAAGAAAACGUGAGAACUUUGAAUAUUCAACUUAAGGAAAAAGACGAUUUAUGCGAAGGUCUCCAAAAGCGUUUAAAACAGGAAUAUCAGAUCAGACUCCACCAAAGACUGAAGAUUUUUGAGAAAGACACAAGUAACGAGAACUUAAAGAAAGAAAUCAGUAAACUGAAAGAGGGACUGGGUUUCCAUCAAAGUGAGGCAGAAACCCAGUACAAAAGAAUUAUGGCUUUAGAAAUUCAGCUGCAGAUAAAGGAAGGUGUCUGUGCAGAUCUCCAAAAGCGUUUAGAGGACGAGCCCGAGCUCAGGCGCCAGCUAGAGGACGAACAGAACAGUUUAGACAAAGAUUUAAUCAAUCAGAACGUAAAGAAGCAAAUUGGAGAAUUAGAUAAAGAAAACACAGAUCUGAAAACCAAGAUGGAGAAUUUUCACUCCAUGAAGAAGACAUUGGAUGAGGUGUCCGCACAGCUGGAGGAGAAAUCUUCUCUCUGUGUAAAACUGGAAGAGUGUUUUAACAAAGAAAAGCAGCUGAGAGUCGAGUUAGAGAAAAAACUGCAGAAAAAAGACACCAGUAAGGAGAAAUUACUGAUAGAAAUUAAUGAAUUAGAGCAGGGACUGGAUUAUUAUCAGGAUAUCGCAGAAACCAGACUAAACAGAGUGCAGACUUUACAGAAUGAGCUGCAGAAAAAGGAAAGUGUCUGUGAAGAUCUGCAGGAACGUUUAAACCAGCAGAGCCUGCAGUUAGAGCAAGAAUUACAGAACAGUCACAACAAAGACUCAGUUCAUCAGAGUUUAGAAAAAGAAAUUGGAGAUCUGCAGAAGAAGAAUGGAGACCUCAUGAGCAAGUUGCAGACUAUGGAGGACACAGAGACCAGACUCUAUAGGGCAAUCACAAACCUUCAGCUGGAGAAACUCAGAAUUAAUGAGCAGCAUGAAGAAGAGUUUGAAGCCCUGAGACUGCAGCUCCAAGACCGUCUCUGCUCUGAGCUCCAGGCUGCUUCUGAAGGGAGUUCACCAGAACCACACACACCUGUGGAGAGUAUGGAGACAGAUCCUACUCAGGAUUGUCAGACGGACACAGACACUUGUCCUCCGACUGAAAUCUGUCAUGAGUCAGAUAUGGUUGGAUCUGUAAGUCUCCAUGAUGACGACUGUCCACAUAAAGAGGACCGUCCACAGACAGUCAGACACCAGAAGAGUGUUUCUAUGUGGAGACGCUUUAAAAAGUUUAUGACUCCGGCGUGUCGACGGAAACACAAAACCACGUCAUAAACAGAUCAUGUGACUGGUUGAACACCCCCCCCCCCCCCUCCCCGAACACACACAGCCAGAGGAAAAAAAAACGGGGCUGCAUGUUGGAGACGAUGUAGAAAGUUUAGCUUCACAGCGAGGUCACCGGUUCAAAUCCUUUCCAUGUGAAGUUAGCAUUUUCUCCCUCAUGUAUGCGUGGGUUUUCUCCGGGUGCUCCGGUUCCUCCCACACAUCUCUGGUUGUGUG